AUGGGUCAGACUCUGUCAGAGCCCGUGGUCGAAAAGAUAUCCGAUAGCGGCGCAGAUGACUGUGUUUACUAUGGCCUCUCAGCAAUGCAAGGAUGGCGUAUAAGUAUGGAAGACGCACACGCCGCAGUACUCGACCUACAACCCGACGAAAAUGGCAAACCUAAACAAUCAGCCCCUCCAGAUAAACGGUUAUCGUAUUUUGGUGUCUACGACGGGCAUGGUGGGGAAAAAGUCGCACAGUUCGCUGGGGAGAACAUCCACAAGAUUGUCGCAAAACAAGACGCAUUCUCCAAAGGAGACAUUGAACAAGCCUUGAAGGAUGGCUUUCUCGCCACCGACCGUGCAAUCCUCAAUGAUGCUCGCUACGAAGACGAGGUGUCCGGAUGUACCGCAUCCGUUGGCAUCAUAUCAAAGGACAAAAUAUGGGUGGCCAAUGCUGGAGACUCUCGCACUGUCCUCGGUGUCAAAGGGAGAGCAAAGCCCCUGUCCUUUGACCACAAACCCCAGAACGAAGGCGAGAAAGCCCGUAUAAGUGCCGCCGGAGGCUUUGUGGACUUUGGUCGAGUCAAUGGCAAUCUUGCCCUGUCACGUGCCAUAGGCGACUUUGAAUUCAAGAAGAGCGCCGACCUCUCCCCCGAGCAGCAGAUUGUCACAGCCUUUCCCGAUGUGAUCACGCAUGAAAUCUCGUCCGACGACGAGUUCUUAGUGAUUGCCUGCGACGGUAUAUGGGAUUGUCAAUCUUCGCAAGCCGUGAUCGAGUUUGUGCGGAGAGGUAUUGCUGCCAAACAAGAGCUACAGCUCAUUUGCGAGAAUAUGAUGGACAACUGCCUUGCGUCAAACAGUGAGACCGGAGGUGUUGGCUGUGACAAUAUGACGAUGAUUGUGAUCGGUCUGUUGAACGGGAAAAGCAAAGAGGAGUGGUAUGAGAUGAUCACUGAAUUCCGUGGACCAGGUGUCCGACACCAGUUUGAUCAUGACAGCCCGGACGAGUACGAGCUUGAUUUAGACCACCGGCCUCGAGGGUUUGCGGGUCGGAGUGGGAGGAUUAUUCUGCUUGGGGAUGGAACAGAGGUCCUGACAGAUUCAGACGAUACGGAAAUGUUCGAUCAAAGUGAAGAAGACAAAGAUGCGGCGAACCAGGUCAAGAAAGGCACCCCAGACACAUCAGAUAUCGAGUCUGCGCGAAGUGAACGCGAAGGCACUCCGGCUCCCCAAUCGGCAGGUGAUGAAUCGAAAGCAUCAAGUCACCAGGAUGCCUCGCACAGCAAAGACGCCGAGAACACAGGAACGGCAGACGAAACGACGCAGAAGGCUGCUGCCUGA